AUGUCGCUUGACAACAACGGUAAUUAUCCAGUCGUCGCGCGGUACAAGCUCAAGGACGGUAAGACAAUGAACUUACGGCGCAGAGAUUCCAGUGACGUAGCAAAUGCCAAACGCGCCUCCAUGACGUCUCCGCAAAAGCCUGAUGUAGCAUCCUCUCAAAGGCCAUCUCUAGCCCCUCAACCUUCAACGCCUUCAAGGCGAUUGUCAAACUCGACAACGAGGUCGCAAGGCGCGCCUUAUGACGCCGACGUAUCCAGCGUAGGCUCCAGAAGUAGAGCGCCAAAGCUUCCCCCAAGGCAAAGUAGCGCUGGUGCCUCCCCCGGUGGAACGUCGCGAAGACCUUCUCUGGCGCCUCGGCAAUCAUCCAUGUCAGCUUCAAAGUCAGCGUUGGCUCGGUCUGAUGCUUCCAGUAUAGGGUCGAGAGAUAAGCCUCCAAAGCUGCCACCAAGACCUCCAAGAAGGCCUUCUGGUUUAAGCAAAGCUCCGUCCAAUGUGAAAAACAACUCGCCCACCAAAGGGACCUUUACUUCAAAUCAGUCGACAUCAGAUAAACUAGCCCCUUCCGCAAAGAAUCGCCCUACUGAUUCUAAAAAGCCGUCCGCAGCAUCGAAUGCUGCAUCGAAAGCGCCAGCCCUUCAGAGGUCAACUGCUGCGGGUACGUCUGAUCCUCAGAAGAAGCCAUCGAAGAAGGCUUCGAGCCUGAAUAAAAGUCCUGCUCCGGCGCAGGAUAGUAAGCCCAAACGGCCGCAGCAAGCGCCCAAGAAAAGUUCGCAGACCGAGAAACCAAGGCCACCGCUCAAAUCCACGCCUUCCGGGCGAAGGGUUUCUUUCCAAGAUGAGGUCGAAAGAUCAUCAAAGACAAAGGAUGACGGGUCUAAAUUACCCAAAGUAUCUGAAGAAGGGUCUAAGCAAGAGGAGAACUCGUACAGGAAGCACCUUCCCAGAGCCAAGUUACCAGAGUCUUCAAAGCCAUCCAAACGCACACCUACAGGAAACGGCAAUAAGGACUCCCUCGCGAGAUCCGAACCUUCGAAGAAUGCUGUUUCCAAGAAGCCCUCAAAGAAAGUCCGGAAUUCCAAGGAUUUAACGGAGCCGAAGGAAGUCUCCCAACCACCAAUGGAACCUGAUAUUGGUGCAAACAAACCCAGAAAUACCGCCAAGAAGGAUGGGAAACUUCAGAAAGGAGCCAGUAAACUCGCCGAGAAUGAUCGCGAUCUGAAAUCAAUCUUAACCGAGGGACAAUGCGGAGAUGUGACACUACUCAUUGCUGACAUCACGAAACAGAUGAGGAGCGACAUAGAAAGCCAUUUUGAUGCACAGAAAGGGCUUCAUCUGAUCAAAGAUGACAAUGGCAGUGAUGACAUUCUGGAAAAGGACCUUGAUUUCGAUCCUGGAACUGUAGAUGUGGAUGCCUACGAGAAGGAACGUAAACUUCGCGAUCAAAAAGAAAAAGAGCUUUCUAGACCGGAAAACAAGAAAUUGAAAGAAACUAAUCUGGAGUGGUUCGAUGAAUGGCGAGAGGUUGUCAUAUUACGCGUUGGCGAAGCUGUAAAUUCGAAGAAAGUAGCAUCUGCGCAGAAGGAGAAGGCAUCGCCAAAACCAACGAAUACCACCCGUCAAGGGCAAAGGCUUCAGAAAGUCGAUGCAGGGACCAAAACAUCAAGCAACAUGGGCCCAAAGCUCGAGGAUAUCUACCCACGAAUCCAAAAUCCCCUAACCAAACUACCCAUGAAAACGCGAAGCCUUGUCCUGCACUCGAUAUUGCUCUUACUUCUCAGCUUGGAACGCUACAAUGCGUCUUCAAGAGUGCUUCUGUUGUACUUGACCUCAAGUCUCAAAAUUGGGCUUAAUGGCCUACAAGCAGAUGAGGAGAAAGUUGCGCAAGGGCUUUUGAACGCAGCAAAGCAAAUGACAGCAGAUGAGGAAGCGAGCAAACGCCUUGGGGAGAGCGAAAACUCCUCUCGCAAGUGGAAAAUCCGCCUUGCAAGCGCCGCUGGAGCCGCUGUUAUUGGCUAUACAGGGGGCCUAGCUGCUCCAAUGAUUGCUGCCGGAGUGGGAUCGUUAAUGGGAGAGCUUGGACUCGGAGCUACAGCAGCUGCAGGUUAUCUUGGAUCAGUGGCUUCGAGCGCAACAGUCGUUGGGGGGCUAUUUGGAGCCUAUGGCGGUCGCAUGACAGGACAAGCCAUGGAGAAUAUCUCUGCUGGAGUUCAUGACUUUGCUUUCUUACCUAUUCACGGCGAGAGAACGGAGCACCAGGGAGAGAGCCUCGAUGCAGCGACGACCACGCGACGGUUGCGCGUGGUUGUUGCAAUCUCUGGCUGGUUGCUGGAGAAGGAAGAGAUCGUUACGCCUUGGAAGGUCUUGAAACCGUCUGCUGAGGUUUUCGCAUUGCGCUUCGAAUUAGAAACCCUCUUGAACCUCGGACAAAGCUUCGAUACGAUGCUUCAGAGUGCAGUAUAUGGCUAUGCGCAGUCCGCAGUAAUCAAGCGCACUGUGUUUGCAGAGCUUCUGGGUGGCAUGACGUGGCCUAUGGCAUUGACUAAGGUGGCUCGCGUCGUCGACAAUCCUUUCAAUUUAGCCAAAACCCGUGCCGAUAAAGCUGGACAGGUUCUCGCAGACGCUAUAGUGAACCGUGUACAGGGCGAGAGGCCAGUCACCCUCAUUGGCUAUUCGCUUGGCGCCAGGGUGAUCUUCUCCUGCUUGACAUCUCUCGCGAAGCGAAGAGCCUUUGGCCUUGUCGAAUCGGCCGUAAUGAUGGGUGCUCCGAUCACAUCGGCUACAACCGACUGGCGGCUGAUGCGAUCUGCUGUGAGUGGCCGCCUGGUCAACGUCUAUUCAGAGAAUGACUAUCUGCUGGCUUUCUUAUACAGAGCGUCUAGCUUGCAUUACGGGGUAGCUGGACUUGUACCCGUGACUGGCCUCGCUGGCGUCGAAAAUGUCGAUGUUACUGAGACCGUGUCUGGUCACCUUCGAUACCGCUAUCUGGUUGGAUCGAUACUGCAAAAAAUACGUUUUGAGGACAUUGACAAGGAUGAAGUGGCCAAGGAAGCUGUUGCGUUCGAGGCUAUCCUAGAAGAAGAGGCGAAGCGUACUUACUAUGAGCAAGCUGGUGAGCUUUACGAGAAUUAUAAAGGCAAGAAGCCCCAGUACAAGAAAAAGGAGCCAAAGAAGAAAGACACGGAAGUCACGGAUGCGGAUGCGGAGAAGCAGGCUGCUGCCAUGGAAAAGACAGUGGACGAAAAAACUCAAUCAAGUCUCAUGCAGUGGGCAGCCGAGCAGCUCUUCUUAUCAAGUCCUUCGGUAGAUAAAGCGAAGUAUGAGAAGGCCAAGAAAGCAGACUGGAAGAAUGAAGCACAACGCAAGUCUUACUAUCAGUGGGCAAAAGAGGCAACUUAUCUCUCCCGCUCUGGCGGCGCCGAGGGAGAGAAAAAGGCGAAGGAGAAGCAAGCAAAAGCUGAAACAAAAUUGAAGGAAGCAACGGAGGGGCAGACACAGGAUGGUCCCAAAGAGGAUGAAGACAACCAGGGGGGCGCAGAGUCAAAGGAUAAAGCCCAGGGGCUACCUGCUGAAAAACCAGGCUAUUUUGCUACCGCAGCCGGCUACAUACCAUCAGGCUAUGUUCCUAGCAUUAGAUCAGCACCUGCCGAAAAGGCCACCGAAGAACCGGACAACAACUUGCCGCAGGAGGUCUCGGCGGACGCUGCUGCCGAGGAGGCCAAAGGAUAUACGUCGUACCUGCCUUCCUUCGGCGGAAAAGGGAGUUCCAAGGGUGAAAAGAAAGAGGAAAUCCCUAAUGAAACUCGUGCAGAAAAUUCAGACGAUGUCCAGGUAGAGGAUGCACAAGCAACACCGCAAGAGGCGCAAUCCAAUCAUCCCUCCAAUAGCGAAGAUACUGUACGGGAGAACGACUUCACUACCGAUACUGAGGGCGGGGCUGCGACCGACGGAGAAGAUCCAUUCGUUGAUCGACCUAGUGAACCUCAGGCUACUGCAGGUGGCCAAUCGACAAACGACGAAGAAGAGCCGAAAAGUGAGGAUACUAAGGAUAAGCUUAAGCAUACUGAGCAAGAAACAGAAACUCAGGACACAACCGAAGCGGCUUCGGAGGAGACACCAAGAUCGAAGAAUCCAAAGGCUGACACCGAGGAUCAAAACAACCACGAGUGA